GCGUUUCUUAUUGGACAAAAGUUGAGGUUAUGUAGUAUGAAACGUCAAAAUAGUUGAAUCUUGAGAUUUUUUAUUGUUUUGUUUGCUGUUUAAUCAAGCUGUGUCGUGGUGAAAAUGGCUCAAGAAAUUAAGCACAAACUGUGCAUGGGUCCAAACACUUUGGAAAUAAGCCCUGAGCUAUUUCAAUUAAAUAGAAAACGUCUAGUGGAGGCGUUACGAAAACAAAAUCUUACUUCAGUUGUUUUACUACAGGGAGGUAGUGAAAUACCGUUUUAUGACACAGACACCAGCUAUCUAUUUAGACAGGAAUCCUAUUUUACCUGGCUGUUUGGCGUAACCGAAGCAGACUGUUAUGGAGUCGUGGACGUGCAAAGUGGCGAAGCCCAUUUAUUUGUACCCAGGUUGCCCGAGGCAUACGCUGUUUGGAUGGGACCUCUGCAUACCCUUGAAGAUUUCAGCAAAAAAUAUGACAUCGGCAAUGUUUACUACACUAACGAGCUUACCACGGUUCUUAAAAAACUUGCAAAGAACUCGGAACUUUUAGUCUUGUCUGGAGUUAACAGCGAUAGCGGACUUAGCUUUAAGGAACCCACCUUUGAUGGAAUAGAGGAAUUCAAAGUGAACAACAAGGAUCUAACUCCAAUAGUAGCUGAUCUUCGUGUCUACAAGACUGAUUUGGAGCUGGAAGUGAUCAAGUAUGUGGUGGAGGUGUCUUCAGCUGCCCAUAGAAAGGUGAUGCGUUUCGCAAAACCCGGCCUAUUUGAAUAUCAAUGCGAAGCGGAGUUUUUGAAUCACUGUUACGCUGUCGGCGGAUGCCGCCAUGUUGGGUACACCUGCAUAUGCGGAUCGGGAGUCAACGGAGCUGUUUUGCAUUACGGCCACGCUGGCGCUCCUAAUAAUUACCCCUUGAAGGAGACCGAUAUGUGCCUGUUCGACAUGGGUGGCUCAUAUUUCGGCUACACCGCCGACAUAACCUGCUCGUUUCCGGCCAGUGGAAAAUUCACCCCCGAUCAAAAAAUGAUCUACGAAGCUGUUUUAGCUGCGAGCUUAGCAGUUUUCGAGGCCGCCAAGCCGACCGUCUCGUGGCGUGACAUGCACGUGCUUGCUAACAGGGUGCUUCUGGAAAAACUGAAGGAAGGCGGCCUUCUCAAAGGCGAUGUAACCGAGAUGUUGGCAGCUGGUUUAGCUGCAACAUUUCAGCCUCACGGUUUGGGGCACUUCAUGGGUCUUGAUGUGCACGAUGUCGGUGGCUAUCUGAAUGGCCAGCCUGAAAGGUGCGAUAAGCCUGGUUUAAAAAAUUUAAGGACCGCCAGGAUCCUGGAUGAAAGAAUGGUUUUGACUAUUGAACCUGGCUGUUAUUUUAUCGAUCCACUUUUGGACGCUGCACUGUCCGAUGAGAAGCUCUCGAAAUUUUUGGUACCAGAACAUUUGAAGAGAUUCAGAAAUUUCGGUGGCGUAAGAAUUGAAGAUGACGUUGUAAUAACAAAAGAAGGAUGUGUUAAUUUAACUAAAGUGCCUAGAACUGUUGAAGAAAUUGAAAACUGGAUUGCCGGAAAAGACAACGAAAAAUACAAUUAAAUGCCAAAAUAUUUCAUUCCAAAUUUAAAAUGACCAAUAUGUUUAAUAUAUAAAUAUUUUAAUAAUAAUAUAAUAAUUGAAGAUUUAAA